AUGUCGACCUCUUCGGGGACGCCCGAGUCCUGGAUCGCGAGCUUUUGCGCUCUGCCGGGGCACGAGUACUUUGCUGAGGUAUCCGAGGAGUUUAUCGAGGAUGACUUCAACUUGACGGGCCUGCAGACGCAAGUUGCCAUGUACAAAGAGGCUCUCGAGAUGAUUCUCGAUGUCGAGCCAGAGGAUGACGAGGAGGAAGAAGAAGACGAGGAGGAUGACGACGAAAACGAAUCUGGUUUGGAGGAGCCCGACCGUGCAGGCGUGCGACACGGCGCAGAGCGGAGGCAUCAUAGCAGGAUGGCUAGCGACCUGUCCGUCAUCGAGUCGUCCGCGGAGAUGCUCUACGGCCUCAUCCACCAGCGCUUCAUCUGCUCCCGGGUGGGCAUCCAGCAAAUGAGCGAAAAGUACGAGUUUGGUCAUUUCGGCUGCUGCCCGCGAACGCACUGCGAGCAGGCACGCACCUUGCCUGUUGGCUUGUCCGACAUUCCCGGCGAAGACACAGUCAAGCUCUUCUGCCCGUCCUGCCUCGACGUUUAUGUCCCCCCUAACAGCCGGUUCCAGACUGUGGAUGGCGCCUUCUUCGGCCGUACAUUUGGAGCCCUCUUCCUCCUCACAUUCCCCGAAUACGACCUUACCAAGCGUGGCGCUGACGUGCUGUCAAGCACAAACUCCAAGGUGCCUGAUGAUGAAAACAUUCUCAAUGGCAUGUACGCAAAGAACAUUGCACCAGGCCUUGGCAGUGGUCAUAUUUAUGAGCCCAAAAUCUACGGCUUCAAGGUCUCAGAGCGCGCACGGUCAGGCCCUCGGAUGCAAUGGCUACGAGACCGACCAGACACCAUCACCGAGCUGGAUGAGGCACGACUUUACCACGAGCAAAACCCCGAUUCCGAGGAGGAAGACGAAGAGUCCAUGGCUGCCAACGGCCGGGCACUGGUCCGCCGACGACCACCGGGUAACGCUCGCCUUCGCCAGCGACAGAAUCACAGCGGUAGCCCCAUGGCUCUGUCCGCCAACGGUGCCGAGUCUGAGCUGUAG